CUUAUUUAAUAUUCCUUGCGUUUAUGCUUUUUAUGUAUUACAGAUUGUAAUUUUAUCUUCAAGCUGUUCCGAAAAGCUCGUGACUAUCUUCGUGACCUACCAUUUCCCAUCUCUAUUGGAGGUCGCACCAGAAUUUCACAUAAUUUGGUAAACAAAACGGAAAAGCUAAUUUGAAUGGCCACCUGGACGCAAAAUGAGCCAACAGGCGUCACCAAGCGAAGGCGUUGGAACCUCGAAGAUCGUGCGUCUCUCAACAAACUUAAGCACCACAUCGCCGAGGAAGGAUGUCCUCAGACGCAGUACGACUUGGCCAAAGAACUGCUCCAAAAUGCCAUAGAACCCAAUCUUGCCAAUGGAAACCAGAACCAGAAAGCUGUUAACUGGCUGGUUAGUGCUGCACACAAUGGACACGAGGAGGCUGCGAAAUUAUUGCAACAGUGCUACAACAAUGGUAGUGGUAUUACUCCGGAGAAUGCGGAUGAAGUGCGUCGGUGCCUGGCCAUGACUCCAGGUGAGCGGGCAGCCAGAAAAGCAGCCCGGGAGCUCUUUGCUUGUCUGUCAAACGGUAACGAGCACAUCACGCCCAAGCAGCUGGAACGCAAAAUGCGACGCAUCUACAACAUGCAACGUAAACGUCGCCGACGCGGUGAGGAUCGUUCUUCAUCCAGUAGCGAAGAGGAAACGGAACGGGAGCCUGAAUGUGAACCUUUGGAGGACAGGGCUACCAUUGGUCUUUCCAAUGUAGGACGACGUCGUUUCAUAACCGAAGACCACUUGGUUUCCGCCGCGUCCAACUAUAGCGCUGGGCAGAUGCCCAGUGUAAAUGAGGCACUGACCUUAUCCGUGCCGGAUCCGCGGAGUCUAGACCACGUGCCCUGCUUCUACCGCAUGAUAUUUCACCCGCUCAUCUUUUUGACACUCCUGUACCACCGCCUACUCAACGUGAUUGUGUCCAUUCCCAACGUUAUACCUCUAAGUGUGCGUUGUAGCAUUCUGGUGGCUCUCUCCUGGUGGAGCACCCGUCACAUGCUUCCCUUGGUUAGCUACUACGUCAGCUUGGGGGUCAUGAUCUGGGCCACCUGCAAGAUGCUAAAGACCAAGCAGCAGUUCGUGGAUUUUCGAAUCUGGUCGGGGUUGUUCCUCAGUUACGGUGAUAAUAAUAUCGAAGCCGAUAUCGCGGAGCAGAGAUUCUUGCGCAACAACAUGAAACCGUAUCUGUAUUACUUUUGUGCCUUCAUUUGCAACCUGAUUGUGUAUCCGCUGGUAACUGACGCCUGGCUGCCGCACUCUGAACUAACCAUCCUCUCGGGUGCAUUUACCUUCCUCACCAUGGGAGUGGCAAUGUAUGCUUCAUCCCAUCUGUUCCCCGAUUGGCUGGUGAUUGUGUCCUUUGCUGUUAACGUGCUGGCCAAGUAUCCCUACGAGAUGGAUGAGGUGGUCUCCACCCGAUGGCGCUUCUUGGACCUGCGUGUGCCCACUUUCUCAUCGUUUGUCAUAGGAAAUGGCAUUGAAUUUUGUCUAAACUGCCGUACAGCGCUAUACCUCUUCAUCCCUGUGCUCCUGGUAAUGAUGGCCAAACGAUCUCGUUGGCACGGGAUGUACACUUACCUGAUUCCUCACUGCGUAACUCUCAGCUGGCUGCAGGUAUGCAUCGCUACUUCGCAGAGCGCCACCAUGUUUGGAGUCAUGCGGGCGGCCCUAGGCUUGGCCGGGAUUGUCCUGUUCCUGCCACUAUUUGGGAUUGUCGCUCUACUCGUUCCUGUAUUCGUUGCCAUUGAUAGUCUGGGCUUGGCCAGCGAGCAGCUCCGUUGGGGCAGCACUGCCAUCACGUGUGGUUUGGUGGUAGUUGUAUCCUGUAUCCUUGCUCUAAAUCGAGCCACCCAAAAGUAUAUUACCAUGCUUCAGCUUAUCAUGGCCGUCACCACAGCCUGUGUAUUGGUCUUUCCGUACAUGACAUCUAACUUUAAGGACACACCACGCUUCAAUGCUAUGCCCAGGGCGGGACUUCAUUCGCUCUCAGAGGUGGAAACCCUACAGUGGGAUCGUUUUCACUCACUGUGCGCCCAACCUGUCUUCGAACAACCAAACAAGAUCAAAACCCAACUCCGAUGCGCUCACCUGAACGGAGUACCAGUCACCUGGGAGGGCAGCAUUGCCAAGGUGGAAAUCUCCAAGGUAACCAACACGCUGGAGGAUGUGAUUGCCAACUAUCUUCCUGUAUGGCUGGCUAGGAUGAUGCGGUGUGUUUACGGAGAGAACAUCUCGCAGCACUUCCAGUGUGAUCCUAAGUCGGAUGCGCAGUGCGAGGAAUGGCAAGGAGUUCUCAAAGCGUUAAAGGCAGAGAGCGGAAGUUGCACUCUUCACCGAUGGAACCGCUACGAAUACGAGCUGCUCUUGAAAGUCGGCUCAAAUAAUGCAGGUCGAUAUUUAGGUCGCUGCACUUCCAGCAAUGUGAUUCUGCGAGCUCACCAUGACUUCGGAAACUUUACAAGACUCCUUAACGAAGGCGACAAGGUUAUCUUCUACGGAACUCUGCAAAAUUCUGGACUUUUGUCCGAUAGUGUGCAGGUGCACCUAAAGACAAUCGAGUGCGUCAACUGCCAGUCCAAAAAUCUACGAAGAGCAAGCAUCGAACGGGCUGUGGCUAUUUCGCCAAUGGAUGCCCGUCUCCAGGAUCUGAUGCGAGGCAUUAAAUAUUUGUUAAACGCUUUGUUGAACCCUUUGAUUACUUUUAAGUAAGCCUAACGCCUAAUGCUCUCCUCAAAUAAACUUAUUAAAACUAGAUAUUAUCUGUAA